CGUUCACCAUUUACCCUUAACUUUAAAUUAUAAUGCCAAGACUUAUAAUAUGAAUCCCCGAAAUUUUAUGGCCCCAGGGGCCGCCUUCACUAUGGCAUGUGUACUGCUCGUAUACACCCGCUCAUCCAUUCACUCCGCUCGAGACCAAGCAAGAUCCUCGAAACUACCAGGGAAUGGAGAACAUGCACCAAGACGUGGUUCAUCAUGAAUGUGGAGCAGAGUAACUUGUAGCAUACAUCGGCGUAUAGGAAGCAAAUCGAUUACCCCCUGUCACUAGACCUGAGCGUCAAUCCUUCUGCAAAGCAUAUGAAUUUGAACG